UUUUCUUCCAGUCGUCUCACAAGACGUUCAAGAUCAAGCGCUUCCUCGCCAAGAAGCAGAAGCAGAACCGGCCCAUCCCGCAGUGGAUUCGCAUGAAAACGGGCAACAAGAUCAGGUACAACUCCAAAAGGAGGCACUGGAGAAGGACCAAACUGGGCUUGUAA